AUGACAAUUCGAGCUGUGGUCGCGGAGUUUGUGUCUUUAGAAACCACUGAUCAUUUGGAACAGGACAAGCGAGUGCAGCGACGCAACGCAGGGUUAACUUGGGGAGCAGCAAAGAUAGGCGGUGGGAAUAAUUCCGAAUCGGAGAGGGACGGAGGAGUUGAAGAGGAAAUUAAAGAGAGAUGGGUUGGUGGAGUUGGUUUCCGUGACUUGCAGCGGACGGGAUGGAGAGCCAAGCAGGGGGGAGGAGGGGAGGGGGGGGGAAGGAAAGGGAAAAAAGAGGGAACGGAGCACAGGGUGGCCCAACGGUUGAACGGAUUACAUGAAGGCCCUCUCUCCACCCAGACAGCCCCAGAGACCCAGUGA